AUGUCGCUCUCCUUCGGCUCCUUCGCCUGUCUCUUGGUGUAUCUGCCGUUUACACAGGCAGCUUUGACCGUUACAAUCCCCGAAGGAACAAUUCAAGCCAAACCAGGUUCUGAUGUCCUCCUACCUUGUUAUUUUGAGGAGUCUUCUGGGCACAUAGAUCCCAAAAGCCUGGCUGUGAUAUGGUUUGUGGGCACCAGAAUUAUUGCUAAGUAUGAAGAUAAGUUAGAAAUCGUUCAAAAAGGGGCAAAUAUGUCUCCUGAAGACCUGCUACGGGGCAAUGCCAGCCUCCUGCUUCCAAAUGUGCAGGAUGCAGAUGGCAACACUUAUGCUUGCGUUGUUAUCCACAGCCCUGACCGUGAACAACAGUCAGUAGAGUUGAAAGUGGAAGCUCCCCCACUUGUUAAACUUGGCUCCACAAAAGUGCAGUUGACCAAGCCAAGCACGGUUGCGUGUACAGCAACAGAUUUUUAUCCUGGCAAUAUAUCCAUGACGUGGUUCCAAAAUGAUAGGAUUGUGCAAGGCCCCGAACAGCCUCCUGCUCAGCCCAGCACCGGCCAAUUGUUCAGAGCAGAAAGUGUCUUGAAGCUCAUACCACAAUUUUCGGAUGCCAAUGCCAACUUCUCUUGCCAUAUCCACCACCAAGCAAAUGAAGGGCCAGAGGUACUAAAUUUCCGGCUGCAGUUGCAAGCUCGCCCCAUCCUUCAGCUGAUCACAAGGCCACAGGGGGAGAAAUUUGUGGCAGCUGAGUGCAAAGUGAGCAAAUUUUAUCCCUCUCAAAUCCACAUUCAGUGGUUGCAAAACGGAGUGCCACAAGAGUAUGUAAAGUCGGAGAUGCACCGCAUGCACAAUGGGAUGUUUUCCAUCAACAGUGUCUUAUUUCCACAGACGAGUGAUGUUAAACUCACUUAUGUUUGUCGAGUAGAACAUGAAGCUUUGGAGACCCCAUUGGAACAGUCUGUCCUUUGGUGGCCAGAAGGUGAGGGAGAUGCGAUUAUUCCUCCCAGUCUCCCAGGUACCCAAAGUACUAGGAAUACAUUUUUUCUCUCACCUUCUCGGCCCACAGUUACCCCUACAACUCCACCAACUUCAGUGAUUCCUUGGCUGUUGGGAUUGGCUAUUGGACUCGGAUUUGGAUCGGUACUAGGAGCUGGAAUAGUGUACUGUAAAUAUAAAGUCAAGAAGAAUUCAGUUACAGGAACAUCCAAUGAAAAAACGCCUCUUCAAAAGACAGAUGAAGAGAAGGUACUUGACAGCUCAAACCCCAAGACAGGAGAGACCAGUAGUGAAUUAAUAACUACAGAAGAGUUUAAUGAAGUGCAGGAACAGCGACUUUGA